UGGAAUCUGCACGGAGUGAGACGAGCUGCGAGCCUCUGGACUUCCAACCGCUCAGCAUGCGAACUGACGCUCUGUGUGAAUUCAAGUCGAAAAAAGAUGGAGAUAUAACCUUUUUUAAGCUUUAAACUUUUCUUGUUUUGUGCUAAAGUGACAACGCUUACGUGUUAGACACGUUGGAAUAACUUGGGUUUGCAUUACUUCAAGAAAAUGGGACUUUAAGUGGUAUUUUCACCGGGUCGGGAGUGAGAGUGGGCUGCUUGGAGUCACUUACAAAGACCAUCAAGAAGUCAUGACACGACGAACGUUUAACUUGGAUUUAACUUCAUAAAAUACGAGGAAAAACGGUCGCAGCAAUUUGAACUCGAAGCACUCGGAUUACAGGCUAACGUGGUGCGACAAUUAAUGUAGAUUUCUUCGCUUUUUAACAGUUUUCAAGUCGCCCUACUUGGAUCAAAGUUUUUUCCUUCCCUCCCCCCCUCCUCCUCAACUAUGGCGGCGGCCAGGUCCACCACUGGCUCAGUGUUGCUGCGGAUCAUGUGGCUGGUGUGCGGGUUGUCCUUCUCAUCCACUUCUGCUCAACAUUACAACAGUGAGAGUGGGAUUUCUAUCCCAGAACACGGGUUCUGCCAGCCCAUCUCUAUCCCGCUUUGCACCGACAUCGCCUACAACCAGACCAUCAUGCCGAACCUCCUGGGCCACACGAACCAGGAGGACGCCGGACUAGAGGUGCACCAGUUCUACCCUCUGGUUAAGGUCCAGUGUUCUGCUGACCUAAAGUUCUUCCUCUGCUCCAUGUAUGCACCAGUCUGCACAGUGCUGGAGCAGGCCAUCCCCCCUUGUCGGUCCCUGUGUGAGCGUGCACGGCAGGGAUGUGAAGCCCUCAUGAAUAAGUUCGGCUUCCAGUGGCCAGAGCGGCUCCGCUGCGAGGCUUUCCCCGUCCACGGAGCCGGUGAGAUCUGCGUCGGUCAGAACACGUCCGAACCCAGCGGCCCGGCCUCGUCUUCCCCCUAUGCACCCGAUGCUGCGACCCUUCCCCCAAACAUAGGCCGACCCAACCCACGCCCGCCCCAGCACAACCAGUACCACCAGUUCUCCUGCCCUCUACAGCUGGAGGUGCCUACGUACCUGGGCUACCGAUUUAUGGGGGUCAACGACUGCGGGGCCCCAUGUGAGCCCACUAAACCCACCGGGAUCAUGUAUUUCCGGGAGGAUGAGGUCAAAUUCGGCCGGCUAUGGGUUGGAAUCUGGUCCAUUCUGUGCUGCGUGAGCACCUUAUUCACAGUGCUCACAUAUUUAGUGGACAUGAGGCGGUUCAGGUACCCCGAGAGGCCCAUCAUCUUCUUAUCUGGGUGCUAUUUUAUGGUGGCGGUAGCCUACGCUGCUGGAUUUUUCCUGGAGGACAAAGUUGUUUGCGUGGAUAAAUUCAAGGAAGACGGCUACAGGACAGUGGCUCAGGGGACUAAAAAGGAGGGCUGCACCAUCCUCUUCAUGGUGUUGUACUUUUUUGGUAUGGCCAGCUCCAUCUGGUGGGUGAUUUUGUCCCUGACUUGGUUCCUCUCUGCCGGGAUGAAAUGGGGCCAUGAGGCGAUUGAAGCCAACUCCCAGUACUUCCACCUGGCCGCUUGGGCUGUCCCGGCCAUCAAAACCAUCACCAUCCUUGCCAUGGGCCAGGUGGACGGCGACGUCCUGACCGGGGUGUGUUUCGUUGGGAUCUUCAACGUGGACGCCCUCCGCGGCUUCGUCCUGGCUCCGCUUUUUGUCUACCUGUUCAUCGGUACAUCCUUCCUCCUGGCCGGCUUUGUGUCCCUCUUUCGGAUCCGCACCAUCAUGAAGCACGACGGUACCAAGACGGAGAAGCUGGAGAAGUUGAUGGUGCGGAUCGGCGUGUUCAGUGUGCUCUACACGGUACCGGCCACCAUAGUGAUCGCCUGUUACUUCUACGAGCAGGCCUUUAGGGAGCACUGGCAGCGGACCUGGCACAUGCAGACAUGCAAGCGGUUCGCCGUACCCUGCCCGGUUCACAACUUCGCCCCCAUGACUCCAGACUUCACCGUGUUCAUGAUCAAAUACCUGAUGACCAUGAUCGUCGGCAUCACUUCGGGUUUCUGGGUCUGGUCCGGCAAGACUCUCCAAUCAUGGCGGAGUUUCUACAAGCGCCUUAGCAACGGUAACCAUGGAGAGACAACGGUGUAAAGUUUCGAGGAAGAAAAGGCACAAAGCCACGGGGUUUUGGAUACAAUAACCAUGUAAAUGAGGUCAAAUAGCUUUCCUUUUUAAUACUAUUUUGGAGAAAAAAAUUUUCACAUGUGUCUUCAGGUUGUGACAGCAAUUCAGGCUUUUGGACACACAACCAAACUUUAAUCUAUAUUCGAUAGAAGUUGGAUGAUUUUUAAAUAUAUUUCCUUUUUUUUGUCGUUAUCAGCCCACACUCCUGGCUUUUGCAUCUUUGGAUUAUAAACUGGUGUGAAUUGCCAUACUGGUCCCUGGACUGUAAUGCCUGACUGGAGAGGGUUUCUUUUAAUAUGAAACUUCCUACAUAUUAUUGAAUAUAUCCUAUUACAAUUUGAAUGUACAUCCUGUCUACUUCAGUGAGAGUUUUUCAGUGGAAAACACCAUAACAGAAAAGACUGAUGGAUCUAGCAGUGUGGCCAUCUGCCCACGCUGCAGCAAAAAGGUCAACUGUUUGAUCCUUACCACCGCCACACCCUCUGACUGUGAAUUCAUUAAUUUUGGAUGCCUGGAUUAUACAUGUACAUUUUAGGUUACUCUGCUUUUAGCUAAAGACCGAAAUGCUUUAAUAUGUGUUAGAUAUUGCAGAGUACAAUCUCGCCUGUUUUUAAUCUGAGAAAAACUCCAUCAACUAGUGACUCCACGCCAUUAUGUGCCAAGUGGCUGCCCAGAAAUCAAAACUUUAUUUCAUUUUUUUUACUUUAAUUUUUAAUUUUUCAGACUGUUGAGUAUUUGCUUCUGUAUUGAAUGUUCACUCCGAAGGUGAAUGAAGUUAUGUAUUGGUUUGCACAGCUAUCCUAAAGGUUAAAAGUGUUAAAAACGACCUGGAUGACCUGGAUUAAACAGUAAGGGAGACCACACACACACACACACACACACACACCUCCACGACACAACAGCUUAUUGUUUGUCUCUGUGUGUGGUCUUUCAACUAUUGGAUCCCUCAUCAAAAAGACUUCAAGGUUUUAAGACAUCCAAAGCACCAUUUCAAAGAUCCAGAGUUAAUCCAUACUAGGUGAAAAUGGUUGCUUGAGAUUUUUGAUGUUAUUUUAUACACAUUCACGCUUGUAUUCUAGCCAGUGUAACUGAAUCUGCCUUAAUCCCUCACUUGAAGUGUUAUAUGGUUUUCACAAGCAGACUGAACAUUUUAGAGUUUUUAAUGAAGCAUUAUUUUAGUGUCUACGCUACCUUACAGAAACCCUCAAAACACAGAAACUGCAUUUAUUGUCCCUGUGUCUGGAAACGGGACUUGUGUUUGAUGUUUUAAAUCUCAGAAACGCCAGAAAGGAGGUCAAAGGUCACUACCUUGUGGAAUCAAUUUUUAUUUGGAGGGACAG